GGGCUAGCUGACGCCCUUGCUCCCUAGCAAGGUACUAGGUAGACUCCGCUGUUGGGACUUGAGAUCAUCUGUUCUGUAACUUACCUGUUCGAAUUGUGACUGCCUUGAGGAAUUGUAUUGCUGCGCCGCAACAUUCACACUCCCAUGGUGCUACAUUGCGUCUUUAGGGCACACUACAAGGAGUUGGUUUCCAUCUUGUUCGACUGAAAGGAUUUGAUAGAUCGGCUCUCUAGAACAAUUGCGACCAGCCUCAUCCACCUCCGUCUUCUACCCCUCCAUACUCGAAUUUACAAGCCACCUGUUGGCGCAAGAGUGAGGCUAGGCAGUACAAAUACUGGAAAGGACUGUCUGCAGCUUCAAACCACACACGACGAGCCCGGUCGGGCCUUUCGAUCGAGAACCGCACCCAUCGAGCUCCUGACUUGGGUGGCAGGGUUUAAGACCUGGAAGAGAUGAGAAUACUGCUCGAACCUUGACACCAUGGACGUCGUACAAGCAGUAUCGGGGUACAUCUCCAAGAUGGUUUCUGCCGGAGAUAGCGCAUCAGGAACUCCAGCUGCCAAGAUGAAGAUCUUACUGUUGGACAGCGACACUGUAUCUAUAGUCUCGACAGCGAUCACCCAAUCUGCGCUGCUGAACCAUGAAGUUUAUCUGAUAGACCGGCUAGACAAUCAGAAUCGGGAGAAGAUGAGGCAUCUGCGGUGUUUGUGUUUCGUGCGACCUUCUGCAGAUUCGAUACAAUUCCUCAUAGACGAAUUUCGGGAACCCAAGUACGGCGAGUACAACAUAUAUUUCAGUAAUGUGGUCAAGAAGUCAUCGCUGGAGCGCCUGGCUGAGGCGGACGAUCAUGAAGUUGUGAGAGUGGUGCAGGAGCAUUUCGCAGAUUACAUCGUUGUCAAUCCAGACCUCUUCACUCUGGACCUGGCAUUUCCAAGGCAGCGGAUCUGGAGUUCGAAUCCAGAUAUGUGGAAUACAGAUGCUUUGCAGAGAACAACGGAAGGCUUGAUUGGAGUGCUUUUAUCACUGAAGAAGAAGCCUCUGAUACGGUAUGAGAAGAACAGCCUGCUAGCUAAGAAACUGGCUACGGAAAUUCGGUACCAUAUUACUCAAGAGGAUCAGUUAUUUGAUUUCAGGAAAGUCGAUACACCUCCGAUACUCCUCAUCUUGGAUCGGAGGGAUGACCCAAUCACGCCUCUCCUUACCCAAUGGACGUACCAGGCAAUGGUCCAUGAACUACUUGGUAUCCAGAAUGGGAGAGUGGAUCUGAGCGAUGUUCCAGAUGUUCGACCAGAGCUCAAGGAGGUUGUCCUGUCUCAAGAUCAAGACCCCUUUUUCAAGAAGAACAUGUAUCUCAACUUCGGAGACCUUGGUGGAAACAUUAAAGAUUACGUCGAGCAAUACCAGUCCAAAACCAAGAACAGUUCGAAUAUCGAAUCAAUAGCGGACAUGAAGCGCUUCAUUGAAGAGUAUCCAGAAUUUCGAAAGCUUUCCGGUAACGUGAGUAAGCAUGUAACGCUGGUUGGCGAGUUGAGCAGGAAAGUUGGAGCGGAAAAUCUGCUGGAAGUCAGUGAGGUUGAGCAAAGUCUAGCAUGUAAUGAUAACCAUGCUAGUGAUUUGAAGAAUGUCCAAAGGCUCAUUCAGUCACCAACGGUUACUGCUGAUUCUAAGCUUCGCCUAGUCGCGCUGUACUCUCUCAGAUACGAGAAGCAUCCUCAAAAUGCACUGCCAAUACUUGUGGACCUACUCGGUGCAGCUGGGAAUGUUCCACAGCGGCGAAUCGAUCUCAUCGCGAAGCUGCUCAUCUACCAUUCGUCCUUGCAACAGACUCAGUCUGCGGGAGGUAUCUCUGACAUGUUCGAAUCAGCUGGCAUUUUCUCAGGUGCUCGAGACCGCUUCAAAGGACUCAAAGGAGUAGAGAAUGUCUACACUCAACACGCGCCUCGCCUGGAACUAACACUUCAAAAUCUCAUCAAAGGCCGUCUCAGGGAGCAACAGUACCCAUUCGUGGAAGGAGGCGGAUCAACGAGGGACAAGCCUCAAGAUAUCAUCUUAUUCAUUGUUGGAGGCGUCACAUUCGAAGAAGCGAAGACGGUGUCUCAACUUAAUGCUUCGUCACCAGGUGUUCGCAUUGUCAUUGGCGGGACCACUGUACACAACAGCACGACUUUCUUGGAAGAAAUGGAGGAUGCGGUGUCAUCUUGGCCUGAGCCUCCACCUACGACUGCGGCUGGUAGGUUACGGAAGGAGACUGGGAGAAGGUGAUUUUGAGCGGGGGUGUCAUGAUGAGGUGUUUGGAGUUCAGUGAAAUGAAGUAUAUCAAUACAACAAUCUACUCGCUUAAUGCCGCAAAUCAACAGUUAUAUUGCUGCCCUAUGUCCCUGGCUGUUGAUGAGAUCGCUAUUGUCUGUCUGGAAGUGCGUGAUAUGGACUCAUAUUAGCUCGCCAAUAUAUCAUGAUGCCGCUGCGCGGCUGGGAAACUUCACAAUCUCUACUUCCACCAAUGUAAUGUGCCUAUUGGCAAAUGCUGAACCUUGGCUAGGCUCGAGUUAUUGGAAUGACAGGUGUCGCCAGCAGUUACUGUUGAAGCAUCCAGGCAACUAUUUCAUCAUCCAUAAGGAUCCAAUAGAUAUCCACCAUACUCCGUCCCUGUCUUUAUAUCAUUCACUGGCAGCUUCGGACAUCAUGUUCUACUAUAUUCAACUGGAUCGAAGUUCAAUCCCCCGGAAUAUAAUUGAAUUCCCUGCUGUUACAAGCUAAACUUUC